AUGAUGGCUGGUCGGCCCAAGAAAUGCUUGUCUUUGAUUGGAUUCAGUCUUCUCUGUCUUAAAAUGGUUGCUUCAGCAAAAACAGACUGCAACCGAGCUCCUGAAAUACCCACUAUUGAUCAGGCAUACUCAAAAAUCAGCAACAGUAUCACUGUAGAAUGGGCUACAGUGCCAGGGGCCACCAGUUAUCUGCUCACAGCCAAAGAUGGGGACACCAUCAUUGAAACCAUAGUGGCCAAUUCCCCAGGCACUGUGACAGGCCUGAAGGCUGCCACCUUGUACCAAAUCACCGUCAGAUCCAUCAGUGCUGCUGGGAGAAGCCAGGCCUCACCUCCAAAGCAGGCAAACACAGUGUUGGCUGCACCAAUUCUAGAAGUAAGUUCUCCAAGUUCAGACUCUAUUCUUGUGCGGUGGGAAGCUGUAUACAUGGCCACUGGGUUCUCUGUGUCCAUUAUGCGAGCCAAUGGUUUGGGGAGAAUAUGGAAGGAGAAUACCACAAACACCACCUUGACAUUCACCAGUUUAGACGCUGGGACUCUCUACACCAUAAAGGCCUAUGCAUGGAAUGCCAAUGGAACCCCUGGGGAUGACUCCACCUGCAACCAGAGAACAAGCCCUCGUGCUCCUGCCGACAUCCAAGUCUCUUUUGAUAGCGGGGCUCUGAAGGCGGCUGUUUCAUGGGCCCCGACAGAAGGCGCUUUCAACUACACCGCGACGGCGUGGAGCGACUCUUCGGAGCUGAGCUGCAGCACGACCUCGCGCGCCUGCGCCCUCUCCGCGCUCCGGUGCGGGACGGAGUACCUGAUUGCCGUCGCGGCCAGGAACGACGCCGGCUCCAGCACAUCCGCCCCUGCCCUGACCCUGGCCACCGUUGCUUGUGCACCUGGAAGAGUGACAAUCCAAGAAGAUCCCCCUGGCCACCUGUCUGUGUCUUGGUCCAAUGUAGACCUGGGUGAUUACUAUGUGGCCUUUGUGAAGAGUGAUGAUGGCUUGGAAGUUCACUGCAACACUUCCCUCACCCAGUGCAACUUCCUAUCUGAAUGUGGCUUUACUUACUUUAUCAGUGUUUUUGCCUAUAACAAGGCUGGGCAGAGUCCUUUAGGUGAUGUGUUCAAUUACACCACAGCUCCUUGUUGUCCUAGUGACAUUAACCCUGUGCUGGUGUCCAGUGACAGAGUAGAGAUCGUCUGGUCUCCUGUCCGGGGUGCCGAACUUUAUGAGACCAAAGCUGUGGAUGGGUUCAACGUGGUUGAGUGCAAUGACACUGCUCCUGCUUGUACCCUCUCAGCUCUGGAGUGCGACACCAAGUACAACAUCACAGUGUAUUCCUUCAGCGAAGUCCGGGGCAGCAAUACGUCCUGUGCUUCCCGAUUCGUAACCACGGCUCCUUGCAGUCCUGAGAUAAAAAGUGUCUCAAAGGACGCUUUCUCCGUGAUUCACGUGCACUGGAGAUCCAGUAACGAUGGCGCUACCUACACGGUGACGGCCCGGGGAGAGGAAGGGCUGUAUCGGUGCAGCAGCAUGGGGCAGUCCUGUACCCUGGGGGGCCUGCCCUGCGGCUCCCUGUUCUCCGUCACCGCGGUGGCCGAGACACAAGCAGGACAGAGCCUGCCCAGCUACAGUGUGCCCCUGGAAACAGUGCCAUGCUGUCCAGCCACUCUGACAGUAACUCAGGUCACCCAAUCAGUCAUCAACGUGAGCUGGACUGUUGGGACUGGGGCCCUAACCUACGUGACAGUUCUGGAGGCACACACUGGACAGUCUAAGUGUCACACUCAUCAAAACCACUGCCUCCUGGGAUGCAUCACAUGUGGCGUCAAUUACACAGUGGCCUUAAAAGCAAUUAGUGCCAGCGGGUUGACUGCAGACUGCGCCUACCAACGCUACGCCUCUAGUGCCUGCUGCCCAUUGGGAGUGAAACUGUAUAGGCUGGGUCCUAAUGGCAUCCGGAUCGACUGGCAAGCUGCCAGGGGCUCUGCCAACUACAGUACUGACCUCUAUGGCUCCAAAGGCAUUUUCACAUGUUCCCCAAGUGCCGGCCUCAGUUUCUGUGACAUCACUGAGAUACCCUGCGGGGACGUCUAUACCGUGAUGGUCUCACCAGUGGCUGAGACAGGACUGAAGCUCACUUUCUGCCCCAAAAAAAUAUAUUCAGUGUCAGUGAUGCUUUACUCUGAUAAUUGGGACAAUACUGUAAAUGACAAUAAUGACUAA